AAAAAAUUCAUUAUUAAAUAUUAAAAUAAAAUUCAAUCGAUGAGCAACUAUGAUGGUUUUACAACAACAAAGACUUUGGAAUAAUCAAACAAAUUCAUCAAAUAACUCAAAGGAUAAUACAAGUUUAUUGGAUAAUUCAAGUCUUCCGUGUUUAACAAAUUUAAAAACUGAAAUUAACGAUGACGAGGAAACCGAAGAAGAUGACACGCAACUGCAUGAACAUGAUGAACACGAUGAACACCAAGUACCUGUUGGUCAACCAUGUUGUAUUACAAAUUUUGAUGAUCGCAAGGACGAAUUGGAAAAAUGUCACCGUUCCUCUACGCCCAAUAAUAGUGUUAGUCAGAAACGGGCACGUGAAUUAGAAGGCGAUUUGGAAAGUGAAGUUUUAAAUUUAGCACGCAAUUCUCCGAAAAGACCAGCACGUUCUCCUUCAGUUGAUUUACAGAUCAAAGCGUUGAAAUCCACUUCAGAAUUGGAAGAUGACCAAGAAUAUGCCGCUAAUACUGCCAAUCUGUUAGCUGCCCUGCACAAUCCUUUAACGCCUUUACUGCUACAGACGCCGUUGGGUUUUGGCGGAGCGUUAAAUAACACGUCUUCGGCAAAUCCUGAAGAUAUGCAGCAAGCUUUCCAACUGCAAUUACAAAGUUAUAUGGAAGUAAUGCGUCAGAUUGCUCCUGAAACAUUGCAAAAUCCAACAGCUGCACAAUUCGUUUUACAAAAUUCGCUGCAAGCCAUGCUGCAAUUACAGGCUUUGCAGCAAAUAAAACAACAGCAACAACAACAGGAACAGGAACAUGAGCAACAUCAGCUACAGCAGCAUAAACCGUUUACGAAAAUGUUAAGCAAAAGCUUACUUGAAAAAAAAACUCAAUCUCCUCUACGAAGUCCCUCCUUGAGCCCGGUAAGUCGUCUUGAUCGCAGCAAAGAGCCUACGCCUAAUGUAACAGUCUCCCCGCCACUCAACCAUGGUCCUGAUAUAACGCCGCCAAAUUCAGCUAAUCUUGGUGCGGGCUUAAGCAGCGCUAUUAUGACGCCCAACACUCCUGGCAUGACACCUGCGUUCGCCAGCACCGGUCUCAGCCAAUCAGCUUUGAGUUACACGAGCACACCUCACAAUUCUAAAAGUUGUACCCCUUUAGCUAUCAGCAGUGCCCCUCAUAACCUAGAUCAGUCUCCUGAAGAGACUACGGAUUUGGAAGAACUUGAACAAUUUGCCAAAACAUUUAAGCAAAGACGUAUUAAAUUGGGUUUUACCCAAGGCGAUGUUGGCCUAGCCAUGGGAAAGUUAUAUGGCAAUGAUUUUUCCCAAACUACCAUCUCUCGAUUCGAGGCUUUAAACCUUAGUUUCAAAAAUAUGUGUAAAUUGAAACCAUUGCUGCAGAAAUGGCUAGAAGAUGCAGAUUCGACUGUCGUUAAGCCCGGGGGUAUAUUCAAUUUAACCGCUUUGGCUGCCAAUGCGGGCACUCCAUCCGACAAUAUAAUGUGCCGGCGUCGCAAAAAACGCACUUCGAUUGAAACGACGGUACGUUCAACUUUGGAAAAAGCUUUCAUGAUCAAUUGUAAGCCCACCUCGGAAGAAAUAAAUCAACUAGCCGAUCAAUUAAAUAUGGAUAAAGAAGUGGUGAGGGUAUGGUUUUGUAAUCGACGUCAAAAGGAAAAGAGAACAAAUCCCUCCGCCGAUUUAGAUAGUCCCACCGGCACACCGCUUAGUAGCCAUACCUUCGGCUAUCCCCCUCAAACAUCACUCAAUCUUAGCAAUGGCCUCGAGGCAUCCUCUUCGUUAUGUGGUAGCUCAAUUAGUUCCUUAUCUCCGCUUUGUGUGGGUAGCAAACAGCCAGAAUGAUGUUGGUACGGCCAUGAUGAAUGUGGGCAAAAUGGUUAUAUGGAUGCCAAAGAAACUACAUAUCGUUAUGGAAAAUUUAAGCAAAACAAUAAAUUACCAAUUGCAGACACCACCGCACCGGUCAAUACAAGUCCAAUGCAAAAUUUUAUG